AUGAAGGUGUGUAUCUCGGCAAUACUUGCCACUGUGUCCACUGCAUUGUCCUUAGGUUCUUUCGAUACCCAACAACAAAUUCAAAAAAUCAAUAAUGAUGAUCUCUCAUCUCUUCAACAACCAACUGCGUUAGAUCCACCCACCAAUAUAAAGCUCAGAGAGUUGAAAUGGGGGAAAAUUAACUUCCUUCAUACUACUGACACCCAUGCUUGGUACGCUGGUCAUUUGAACCAAGAAAAUUAUGGUGCUGAUUGGGGAGAUUACAUUUCCUUCGUUAAGCAUUUGCGAGACUACGCAGACCUGAUUGGUGUUGAUCUAAUAGUAUUGGACUCUGGCGAUAAGCACGACGGAAACGGAUUAAGUGAUGCAUCAGUUAUAAAUGGAGAAGUAUCUACAAAUUUCUUUGUUGAACAAGAUUUCGACUUAUUAAGCAUUGGUAACCAUGAACUAUACCUUGCCAGUAGUUCUUUUCAAGAAUACGAGAUUGUGGUAGACAAAUUUCAAGAUAAGUAUUUGGCAGCAAAUGUCCAAAUUCUCAUAGAUGAUAAAUGGGUCGAUUUUGGCUCAAAAUAUAGAAUAUUUGAAACAAAGAAUCAAAAAUUGAAGAUAUUAUCUUUUGGAUUUUUAUUCAAUUUUGCCAGAUUCAAUCCACAAACUAGAGUUGAUAAAGUCGAAGACGUUAUCCAAGAGAAGUGGUUCCAUGAAGUGCUUCAGGAAAAUAUUGGGAAAAUUGAUAUGGUUGUUAUUGUUGGACACAUGCCAGUGCAAAUGGUUUCGGGCUUCCCGGAAAUCUCUGCCAUACAUAGAGUUAUCAAAAAAUACUACCCAGAUAUUGUUAUCAACUAUUUUGGUGGCCACAGUCAUAUUAGAGACUUUUCAGUUAUUGAUGAAAGAUCAGUUGCAUUGCAAAGUGGGAGAUAUUGUGAAACAGUUGGAUUCUUAGGUGUUGACUUCCCAGAAACCUAUCAAUCGCAAUCCGCCCCGGGAAUCGUGGAGUUCAAUCGUCGUUACAUCGAUUUCAAUCUCCACUCAUUCUAUACUCAUUCUAAUAAAUCUGCAGAGACUUUCUCAACUCUCAAAGGAACUGAAAUAACUAAAGAGUUGGAUAUCCAGAGAGAAUUUCUCAAUAUCACCACAGUUUUUGGCUACGUGCCAAAUGAUUACUUGGUGAUCGAUAAUUCUUACCCAAGUGAGUUCAACCUUUAUUCAUUCUUAGAAGAGAAAGUCUUGGUGAGAUUGAAGAGUGAAAUCAAAGAAAAAGUUGAGGAAAAUAAUUCAAGAGUUGUUGUUAUCAAUACUGGUUCCAUCAGAUAUGAUUUAUAUAAGGGUCAAUUCACUGAUGACUCUGUGUAUAUUGUUUCACCGUUCCAAAACAAGUGGUUGUAUUUGCCAAAUGUUCCUUUAUCGACCAUUAGGAAAGCGAUUGGUAUUUUGAAUAAUCUUGAUUACAUCAUGGGAGCCGCAGACUUUUUUGAUGAGAUUCAAGACCCAUAUUACAUGUUGGCUCCACUUCUGAAAAUGGCUUAUAAUUCAAAACUUUAUGGCAUUGAAUUACCGAUUGAUUAUAGCUUCAAGAACCUUACUAAAGGUUACGUUACUUGCGAUGAUCACGGAUGUGAUGGUGAUGACACCCCUCAUAUCCCAUACAGUUUAGGGAAAGAUUCUUCCCCAAACAUUAUUGGAUCUACCGAAAUCAUCAAUGGAAAUAAGGAAAGCCUAGAUUUUGUGUUUUACGAUUUCUUAAAACCCUACAUUACUGGUGCUUUAAACCUCGUAAAUGGGUUUGAAAAAAAUUACACCUAUGAUUUCAAGCAGUAUGGGGGAGCUACUGUGGGAAAUAUGCUCAAAGAACAUGUCAUAGAAAACUGGAGCUAA